AUUCUAGACACCUUUAACAAACAGCAACAACUGAAAAUGGCGGCAAAGAAAAUGCUGAUAAACAGCCCGGAGUCGGUGGUCGUUGAUGCACUAGAAGGUCUCUGCUUGACGAACGCGCAUCUUCAGCGGCUUGAAGGCUCGCCACAGAUCAAGGUCGUGAUCAACAAGUUUCACGACAAAAGCAAGGUUGCCCUCAUCUCAGGCGGCGGGAGUGGCCACGAGCCCGCCCAUGCGGGCUACGUGGGUGAAGGCAUGCUGGCUGCAGCCGUGUGUGGAGACGUGUUCGCGUCUCCCUCCACUGCAGCUGUGCUGGCAGCCAUACGCGCGGUGACCGGCCCCGCCGGCUGCCUGCUCAUUGUGAAGAACUACACAGGCGACCGGCUGAACUUCGGACUGGCAGCUGAGCAGGCGCUGGCUGAGGGGUACUCGGUGGAGGUGGUGGUGGUGGGCGAGGACGUGGCCAUUGACACGCCCUCGCGCCUCACCGGGCGGCGGGGGCUGGCGGGCACAGUGCUGGUGCACAAGGCCGCCGGCGCCGCAGCCGCCCGCGGCGCGCCUCUGUGUGCGGUGGCGUCCAUUGCCGCGCGUGUGUCCGACCACCUGGCCACUCUGGGGGUGGGCCUCACGCCCUGCACACUGCCAGGCAAGGCCACGCCCGAGCGUCUGGCAGCCGACGAGAUAGAGAUAGGCCUGGGCAUUCACGGCGAGCCGGGCCGGGCCGCAGUGAGGCCGCCGCCGCCCGCCGCCGACCUGGUCACCCGCAUGGUGGCGCAGAUCGCCUCUGGCUCGCCCUUCUUCAAGCUGCCCGCCUCCCCCGCCUCCCCCGCCUCCCCCGCCUCCCCCGCCUCCGCCCCCCGGCUGGUGCUGCUGGUGAACAACCUGGGCGCCACGCCGCCUCUGGAGCUGAGCCUGGUGGCGGGGGCGGCGCUGAGGGCGGUGCGCAGGGACCUGGGCGCAGUGGUGGACAGGGUGUACGUGGGCCCCUUCAUGACCUCCCUGGACAUGGCCGGCAUGAGCCUCACGCUGCUGUCGUACGACAUGGAUCCGGAGGCGGCCGUGGAUUCGGAAUCCAACACGGACGGCGGCGCUGUCGAAUCCGGAUCCAAGCCGGACGCCGCCUGGGCCCACCUACUGGAGCUGCUGGACGCGCCCACCGCCGCCCCCGGCUGGCCCUACCGCGGCCCCGCCCUGCCCGCACCGCACGACCCCGCCUCCCUGUCCGACAUCAAGGCGCCGCUGCCCGCAGCCGCCCAGGCGGGUGCCGGAGGCAGUGACGUGGUUCCGCCGCCGCCGGCCGGCGGGCUGUCGGCGGCGGCGGCGGCUCUGGGCCGGGCCCUGCGUGGUGCCGCGACGGCGGUGGUGGCGGCGGAGGCGGAGCUGGAUGAAAUGGAUGCCAAGGUGGGCGACGGCGACUGCGGCGCCACACUGGCUGGCGGCGGCCGCGGCGUGCUGGCGGCGCUGGACGCGGGGGCGGUGCCGCUGCACUGCGCCCCGGCAGCCGCCGCCGCGGUGGCAGUUGCGGUGCGGGGGUGUGUGGGCGGCAGCAGCGGGGCGCUGUACGACAUCCUGCUCACCGCGGCGGCACGGCAGCUGAAGUCUUCCACGCAGCUGGACGCCUCCCCCCGCGACUGGGCCGCGGCGCUGUCCGCCGGCCUGGCCGCCGUGCAGAAGUACGGGCGGGCGGAUGUGGGCUGCCGGACCAUGCUGGACGCACUGCUGCCCGCACGUGACGCGGCGCUGGCGGCGGUGGAGCGAGGCGAGAGUGGCACGGCUGCGGCGGAGGCGGCUGCGGCUGCGGCGGAGGCGGGUGCGGAGUCCACUCGGGGCAUGGCGGCGGCUGCGGGCCGGGCCAGCUAUGUGCCUGCGGAGGUGCUGGCGGCAGUGCCCGACCCCGGGGCGGUGGCGGCGGCCAGGUGGCUCCGGGCGGUGGCGGCGGCGCUGAAGGAGUGAGGUGGCGGCGGUGGUCAGGUAGUGGUCUUGAGGGCUUUGGACAGCGCCGGGGGUUUGAGGCGGCAGGCGACAGGCGGACACGCCAUGCAGAUGGGAGCCAUGCCGAGUGAGGGCCCGGCAUGUCGUCGGGACUCGCGGUACGGUUGCAUAUGGGUGAGAUUUCGGCUGGAGAGCUGGGUGCCAGCUGCUGCGGCGCACGGAGCUGCAGCCGGUGUUGACGAGUGACGGCGGGUGCGACGGGCGCACUGGGAUAGUGCGGUGGGGCAGUUCGAGGGGGAGCGUCGCGUGGCCGUCUGAAGUCCGCCAGGAACGUGUCGGUGUCAGUCACAAGGGGGACUGUGUCGGGACUCAGGGCUUCAAGAGGGAUGGUGUCUGUGUUGGUGUUGGUGCUCAUGUUGCGCCUGUUGUGGCCGGUGGUGGGAGAGCUGGGCAGUGAUACAGUUGUACUGAAUCGGGCUCAAGCAGGCGCUGGCGCUGUCGGAGAAGUAACUCGGCUGUUGUUGGAGGCGUAUAAGCAAGUCGCGGAGGGUCGCGGUCACUGGCGAAGCGCUUCGUGUGUCACAGCGCCGUGUUUGCCCUGGCAUCCCAGCUGGCCCCCCUGCUGGGGCGGUCGGGUAUUGAGGAGGACACGCGGCAAUCGUUAUUCACGUUGUCCACGUGUCUUGUAAAUGAUGCAAGGG